CUUUCCAAGACACUCUUUCCCCCACCUUUUUUUCCCCAUCUGCUACACUCCACACACAUCAUGCCUCAUCAUCCAACAAACAAAGACCACACCAAGAUUGGAAUACUCAUCCCCAACACCAACUAGGAAUUGAAAGAAAGUGAUAGCUACUAAUUUAGCUAUCCUUCCUCCUCUUCUUCCUCCUCCUCCUCCUCCUCUUCCUUUCUACCACCACUCUCUUCUUCUUCCUUGCCAUGGACCAUAUUCAUCCAUUCUUCCAAUUUUAAGAGACUGUUGAAUUGAUUUUGUAAUGGGGAGGAAGAGGAGUUGGUUUGAUCGGCUAAAGAGAUUUUUUGUUUCAGAUGCCAAAGCAAAACAAGAAAAGAAGGAGAGAAGAAAAAGAUGGAUCUUUGGAAGGCUCAAGAAAAAGUCUCAACUUGCUCUUCCACCUCCAACAAACCAGAAUAUGACAAGGCUGAAAGAAGCUGAAGAAGAGCAGAACAAGCAUGCCAUGGCUGUUGCUGUUGCCACAGCCGCCGCUGCGGAGGCUGCUGUUGCAGCUGCUCAGGCAGCUGCUCAGGUUGUGCGUCUCGCUGGGACACAACCUUUAUCAUACCAAAGGCGUCGGGUAUCUGCCGCUGUUAAAAUUCAAAGUGCAUUUCGGGGAUAUCUUGCAAGGAGAGCAUUGAGAGCACUGAAGGGGCUUGUCCUGCUUCAAGCUCUGGUACGAGGUCAAGCAGUUAGACGGCAAACUAAUAUAACUUUAAGAAGUUUGCAAUCCCUUAUAAAGAUCCAGUCACAUGCUCGUGCAAGCAGAGUUAAAACAGUGGAAGACAGUGAAAUUUAUGAACUCAAUGACAAAAGUCAAAGAAGUUCAAAAGGGUUUGAUUAUUUAAGAGCCAGUCUUCAUCAAAACAGUGAAAGAAGAUGGGAUGGCAGUGUCCUAUCAAUGGAAGAGAUCAAUGCCAUUUUGAGAAACAAGAGAGAAGCUGCUCAGAAGCGUGAGCGAGCAAUGCAAUAUGCAUCUUUUUUUCAGGAGAGGAGGAAUCCUGGAAGACCAAGUACACCAGUGGCCGAGGAAUACGAAACUGAAGAGCUGAACAGGAGGUGGAGCUGGCUCGAACAAUGGGUUGGAACACAAACAUGCGAGAAGGACAUACCUGAAGUUUUUCCUGUUCCGAGUCCUGAGGACAAUAAUUUAAACCAACAGUGUCAUGUUCCGCAAUCUUUUCGAGCCUCAGAUCAUCUUUUACACAAAGAGAAAACCGAUGUAACCCCGCUUGGGCCAAUGGCAAGACGAUCAUUCAACCGGUCCAGGCGAAACUCACCAAGGGAUGAUGACUCCUUCACAAGCUCCCCUUCCAUCCCAAGCUACAUGGCAUCAACAGAAUCCACUAAGGCUAGAUUCCGUUCAAUUAGCACGCCAAAGCAAAGGAUGAGGAUGGGGGAUACUUUCUCUGACCAUUGCAUGCCAUAUACCAGUAGGAUUCUCUCACCAUUCCCUAAGACAAGCAGGCACCCUUCAAUUUCUAAUCUGAAAUCGCCUCGAUUGAAAGGUGCAUCAGCCCCUGUAAAGUCUCACAGAUCUUCGACCUAUCUUAGUAUUGAUUCGGAGCACUCAUUACGCAAUUGGGAUCGGCGCUAUGCAUUUAGAUGAAGGCAACAAUACAUGCCAAUUUACUUGCAACUAUUCAGUAUAUAGAUGUAUGCAAUUUUUGUUUGCAAGUUUCUGGUGUUUCAAUUAGCAUGAACAAACAUUGUUUCUGAAGCUCCUUGUUAGAAAUGGUUUGUUGUAGUUCUGCCUACUUUUGUUUGGAUUGUAAUCAUGUGCUCUGUAAAUCAUUUGUGGCUGACAAAAGGUUUGGAAUUGAAAUAAAUUUAAGCAGUUAUUAAUUA